AUGCCUUGCUGUGUUACUGUGGUUUUCGGCAACGAAGCGCCACAUCAUCUUAGCGACGAUCCCAGGGUGGGUGCGCCAAAAACGGCAGUCACCCAGGAAAACGUCGAUGCUGUGCGCAAACUCAAAAAUUUAGUUUCUCGUUGGAUACCCCACCUCAACCGGGUUAAUUGGUGUCAAAAAACGCUUGCCCGUUACUAUUCCGGAAACACAAAAAAUGUGUACAGCAUUGUUAGUGGUGAUGAAUCGUGGAUUUACUGUUCUGGAUCAGAAAAUAACGACAGUAAAGAAAAGCCAACAAAAGGCAUCCGUUCUCGAAGUGUUUCGAAAAAGAUCGUCGCGACGUUUGCGUCUAAAGCGGGUCAUAUUGCAACAAUUCCUCUUAAUGAGCAAAGAACUAUUCGAAAAAUCAACUCCGAAAGAAGAAUCAUCCUCCACCAAGACAAUGAAAGCUCGCACACAGCCCAAAAAACAAGGCACCCCGAUCUGAGUACUAACGAUUUCUUUACUUUCCCGAAAAUUAAAAACAGACUGCGUGGUCAAAGGUUCCAGUCACCAGAAGAAGCAGUUGACGCAUUCAAAAAUGCCGUUUUGGAUAUGCCAGCAAACGAGUGGAAUAAGUGCUUCGAAAAUUGGUUCGAGCGCAUGCUAACGUGUAUUAAUCUUCGUGGAGAAUACUUCGAAAAACAAUAA